GACAGUUUUGACAUGUGGGUGAACUUCUGUGAUUCGGAAGCAGCGUGAGUUGGCCGGCUUAUGGUUGAAGUGACAACUUGUGCAAUCGUAUUUAGCUAGAGUUGGUAAACAUUUAAUUAAUCGCAACUGCCCUAUAGAAUCGAGGUAGGACUAAAGAGUGUCCGUAACGGUAUUUGUCUUCUCUAUAAGUGUAAGUUAUCGCUAUGGUUGUUAGGCAGUACAAUGAAGAGCUUAAGUAUUUGGAGAAGAUUUCGCCAAGUUGUUGGAAAAUUAAGAAAGGUUUCCAACCAAACAUGAAUGUUGAAGGCGUGUUCUAUGUUAAUAAUCACCUGGAAAAAUUGAUGUUCGAUGAGCUUCGCAAUGCAUGUCGGCCUGGCAUGGUUGGAGGCUUUCUACCAGGUGUAAAACAAAUAGCGAAUGUGGCUGCCUUGCCGGGUAUUGUAGGAAGAUCAGUUGGCCUUCCGGAUGUGCAUUCCGGCUAUGGUUUUGCGAUAGGUAACAUGGCAGCUUUUGAUAUGGGUGAUCCAAAAUCAGUCGUGUCUCCAGGAGGAGUGGGUUUCGAUAUAAACUGUGGUGUGAGGCUCUUGAGGACGAAUCUUCAUGAAAGGGAUGUUCAGCCUGUUAAAGAGCAGUUAGCUCAGAGCAUGUUCGAUCAUAUUCCUGUUGGUGUUGGUUCAAAGGGAAUAAUCCCUAUGAAUGCAAGAGAUAUGGAAGAGGCACUGGAAAUGGGAAUGGAUUGGUCACUUCGUGAAGGUUAUGUAUGGGCUGAAGAUAAAGAACACUGUGAGGAGUACGGCCGCAUGUUGAAUGCUGAUCCAAGUAAAGUCAGCAUGAGAGCAAAGAAGAGAGGACUGCCUCAGCUAGGUACCUUGGGAGCAGGGAAUCACUAUGCUGAGAUACAGGUAGUUGAUGAGAUCUACGAUAAAUGGGCUGCCAGUAAAAUGGGAAUAGAAAUGAAAGGACAGAUAUGUGUCAUGAUCCAUUCAGGAAGCAGAGGCUUUGGGCAUCAGGUUGCUACAGAUGCAUUGGUUGCCAUGGAAAGAGCUAUGAAACGUGAUAACAUUGAGACCAAUGACAGACAGCUAGCAUGUGCACAUAUUAUGUCCCCAGAGGGUCAGGAUUACCUCAAAGCUAUGGCUGCAGCUGCAAAUUUUGCGUGGGUCAACAGGAGCUCAAUGACAUUUCUCAGUCGGCAGGCUUUUGCUAAACAAUUCCGGAUGACACCUGAUGACCUAGAUAUGCAUGUAAUUUAUGAUGUUUCCCACAACAUUGCUAAAGUUGAGGAACAUUAUAUUGAUGGUAAACAGAAGACACUGCUGGUACACAGGAAGGGCUCAACUCGGGCUUUCCCUCCCCACCAUCCACUAAUUCCUGUGGAUUAUCAGUUGACAGGACAACCAGUGUUGAUUGGAGGUACCAUGGGGACCUGCAGUUAUGUUUUAACUGGAACUGAACAGGGUAUGCGAGAAACCUUUGGCUCAACCUGCCAUGGUGCAGGUAGAGCCCUUUCUCGGGCGAAGUCACGACGUAACUUGGACUACCAAGAUGUCCUCAAUAAACUAGAAGAAAUGGGUAUCUCAAUUCGAGUUGCUUCUCCAAAAUUGGUUAUGGAAGAGGCACCUGAAUCAUACAAGAAUGUGACUGAUGUUGUUGAUACAUGCCAUGAAGCAGGUAUUAGCAAGAAGUGUAUCAAAUUACGACCAAUUGCUGUUAUUAAAGGCUGACCGCAUGCCAGUUUUUCAAAAAAAGUGUCUGAAUACAGUAAAGUAUGUGUUACUGCAUUUAAAAUGCCGCAUUUCAGUAUGUGUGACUGAAUGUAAAACAUCAUCUGUGAUGAAGAUGCAAGAAUUGUUUUGAACUUUAAGUUAUUCUGUACUUACCCCCUGAUAAAUUGAACUGUUACCAAAUUGAAAAUUUUAUUUUCUUAUCCCACUAACUAUAUUUUGUAAACUAUUGAUAUCUGAGUUUUCAGUCUUUUACCUUCUGAUUUCUUAAAUGUAAAAUAAAAUCCUCAUGUAAGGUUUUUUUUUCCACUACAAAUGCUGUUGCAGAAGACUUCCUAACAAAGUUUCAUAGUUAAAGACAAAAAAGGUUAGGCUUUCACUAAAAUGAAAAGCCAUGCUAAUUACUGGUGUUUAAAAUGUUGGUAAGUGCCCUCGUCAAGACUGUGCUAGUUAACAGACCUUGAGAAAAUCUAAGACGUUAAAGAAGAAAGAUAUUUCUUUGUUAUUAUGUUACGAUACAUAUCACAAUGCUCCCAACUGUGUAGUGUGGAAGAAUGUUGUAGAUCACACUGUGAAAUGUAAGACACUUCUUGACGUUUCAAGUUUCACACAAUAGGGACUUAAAUUUACGGUGCCAUAAAUGGUACAGCUAAUGUGAUUGCUUUGUUCCUUGCUUACUGUCUGGCCACUUCAUCAGUGCAGUGAAUUUGUAUAGGCAUGUUCUUGUGCCUUUAUGGGAUUAUUUAGAACCUAAUAUCCAGAAAACUGUAAUAAAAUGUAAUCAUUUGCAAAAAAAAUUGAAAAAUAAUAAUGUAGUGGUAAAAAAUAGUAUCCUAAACUUUUAUGUUUUUACAAACUUUUUGGUCCCAUGUUUCACUGGGUUCAGUUGCUCAUCAAUGUACAUCAUAUAAUCAAUUUAUUUUGUGAAAUUAAUCUAAAAUGGUUAAACUUGUUUCCAGAUUUUACUUUACUGUUUAACUAGCAAGUUGCCUACCAUUGCUUGAAAGUUAACAUUAUAAAGAAACUGUGCUUAAACAUAUAUAAAAUAACAGAUGUGACAGCUAUUACUGAGAGUAACUUUGGAAUGGUUUUGUGUAAUAUGAGGAAGAUGCUGUUCUCAGUAAUGUGUUUUGCAGAUUUAUGAAAUAUGUUUGCUUAUUGAACAAGCAAAAGGUCUACAUCUGUUAAAUGCAACAGCCAGCUCAGCCUAUAAAUUAACAAAAGUAAGCAAAAGGGUAAUUGAAUGAUUGGAAAUACUAAUGGCAUUGUGAGUCAUGUAACAAAUGUGGAAAUAUAUUAUACUUGGAAAAAACAGAACCAAAACAUCGGUGACAUGAUGCUCUGAUUGAAACAAGUUAUAAGAUUCUCAUUCUGAUAUUACGUGUAACAUUGAUCCAACUGUGUUAAGUUAGUGAUGUGGACAUAUAACAGUGUGCAGAAAGAUUAAUCAUAAAUUACUUUGUUUUAUAACAUCGUAAAAUUGUAAUUGUUUGUGCCACUUCAAUUUUUGUGGACUGUAGUAUGGCAUGUAAUGGAUUCAGUAUGUAUUUGUAUUCUUUGAGUGGCACAAUCAAUAGGUAUUCACACAAACACAAUGUACUUGAUCACGAAGUUGAAAGCAGCAACUACUUGCAUCAUUCUAAAACAAAGAAUGUUUUGAUUGUCUGCUUCUCUCUCCAACUAAUUACAAAUCCCCCGUGUCUGUUGAGGCAUUUUCUUGUAAGUUUCAAAUAUUAAAGUGUUGGCACAUUUAACAA